ACCCAUCUCUCAUUUCCUUACAGGGCGUCGUCUAGCUGUCAGGAUAAACCGGCACUGCAAAAGGCAAAGUUGUGAGGUUGUGAGGGCUAAGCCACGUGUAAGGAUACAUCUCCCCCUAAGGAAGGAUAAAAGAAAAAGAGGAGGGCGCCAUGUGGUCAGACAACGCCCACAACGAGGGGUUCCAUCACGCCCACCCCUUCCCUCACGCCCCCGCCCUUGACAAGCUGUGUUUGCAUUCGAGGCUGGGGUGCGUGCUGGCUGGGGGCCUGAGGAGCUCCAGUAAGGCGAAGGGGGAGUCUGGCCCUUCCUUCCUGGCCCAGCUGCAGGACGCGCCCUCCGCUCCCACAGCCACCGAGAUUUCCGCCGAGGCAGCUGUCUUUGUGGCAGUGAUCGUGGUGUUCUACGCGGCCAUCAUCGUCAUCCUGCUGGGGACAAACAUGAGGCGGCCUCGCUCCCCUCCUCCAGGCAGCGCAGGUCCCGCUCACGCUCCCGCUCGCGCCACCGACACGAGGUGGUGCUGGACCCGGAGAGCGGCGGCGUGGCGACCAAGCACACCCAGAAGAAGAAGAAGCGAGAGGUGGACGGAAGUGGCGUGCUGGCGGAAAGCGUGUAACCUGAAGGCGUCUCUUGGUACCUCCUCCCCUGCCUUGUGUUCCUCGUGCUGACUUCGUUUUCUAUUGUUUCGUUUUCUUCUUUCUUUAUAGGGGUGUCUGUAGUAGUAUUCAUUGUUAUUUCCUUUUCUUCUUUCUUUCUUUCUUUCUUUCCUUCUUUCUUUCUUUCUUUAUCUUAGUAAUAGUAAGAUAAGAAAAUGUUUGUCGGCAUUAGAGGGAGUUUUCUUCUCUCUUAGCAUACCUGCAAGCACACACAUUUCUCUCUCUCUCUCUCUCUCUCUCUCUCUCUCUCUCUCUCUCUCUCUCUCUCUCUCUCUCUCUCUCUCUCUCUCUCUCUCUCUCUUAAUGCCCAGCCCAGUCUCUAUAUAUUCGUGUAAAGAAAGUUUCAUAGCCAUAAACUUUGUUAUAUAAGAAAAUGUUUCCAUUCAGUGUAAGUUCUGUCUCUAAAAAGGAUAAAAAUAAAAAAAAAACACGAAAAAAUCCCCAAAAACUUCCUUCUACCUCACCUCCUCCUCCUCCUCCUCCCACCCUCUUCCUACCUCUCUUCCUUCUCCUCCUCCUCCUGCAGGUGCGAAAUAAUUCACCACACACGCUUCAUAAUUAAGUUGCUUUUCCCUCACUGAGUCUGGGAACCUGCGCACACCUGAUGUCCUUCUUGGGGGAGUCUUGUCAAGUUAUUUGCUCUCUGCAGGUUAAGUGGCGCCGCUCCUUCCACCUGAUUGAGCCGUGGUGGUGGUGGUGGGGGGCGGUGAGCUAUAUUAAAUCUCUCUCUCUCUCUCUCUCUCUCUCUCUCUCUCUCUCUCUCUCUCUCUCUCUCUCUCUCUCUCUCUCUCUCUUUGAUAGCCUGAGGAUUUCCAGGCGAGGAGUUUUCUUUCUUUUUUUGUCGUUAAUGAAAACUGGAUUCGUUGAGCUUGGUGACGAAGGGAUGAGGAGGAGGAGAAGGAGGAGGAGGAGGAGGAGGAGGAGGAGGAGGAGGAGGAGGAGCUGGAAAUAGUGGUGGUGAAGGAAGAGGACAAAAAAGGAGGAGGUAGGAGUAGGAAAAAUUGUGCAAAUGAAAUAAAACGAGGUAAGAGAAGAAUGCCUAAGAGAGGGGAAACGAUAGGGAGGGAAGAGGUGAGGAUACAAGGGCGGGAGAGAAGGAAAGGGAGAAAAGAGGGAAGAAGGAAGCCAGAAGAUGGAAAGGAGGAAUACAAUGAAAUGAUAAAGAGACAAAAUGAGGGGGAAAGGACAGGAUGGAAAGGGUGGAGAAGGUGGAGAGAAGAGGGGAAGAAGAGAGAAUGCAAAAGUGAGAGGAAAAAAAAUAAGGGGGAAGAGAUGAAAUGGGAAAGAAAGGGAAAGAAAGAGGGCAGGAGAGCGGAAGCAGAGAAACGAUGGAAUAGUGAGAGGGAAAAAAAUGAGAAAAGGGAUAGGAGGUGAAGGAAAGGGAAGGAGAGAAGACUAGAGAGGAGACAGCAGAGAGGGAAAGGGAGUAAGAAGGGAGGAAUGAGGGGGAAGAAGGAGGGAGAGAGGGAGAGAUGCUAAAGUGAAUGAGGGGAAAAGGAUGAGGGACGCGUUAAUUAUGUAUGAUGAGACAAAAACAACGCCGCAGAGAGGACGAUGCUAUUAGGGCGUGGGAAGAGGACGGGCGUGAGGGGUGGGGCGUGUCUGUGUGGGGAGAGAGGGCUGAUGGAGGGAACAAGGAACGCCCAUCCAGGUAAUUGAGACCCAGGUAACUUUUCUACUUUCUCUCUCUCUCUCUCUCUCUCUCUCUCUCUCUCUCUCUCUCUCUCUCUCUUAAUCAGUAAAUGGUUCUCUCUCUUUAAGACUCGUGUGUAGUAUAAAACUAAAAUAAAGUUCUGUAAUAAGGAUAUACACCACCGGUAAUUCAAUCAGCAGGUAGUAAUGUACGAUCAUCGGGUAACUGGCAACUAAUGAGCAACACGAAGGAAAGGAAAAAGAAGGAAAAAAAAAAUAGGUACAGGAGUGAGAGCGGCAGCGAAAAGGAGAGCGAAAAGUGGCGUUGGCCUGUGUGGGUUAAAAGUGUCCGGCGCUGUGAAAGUUAGGCGACACUGGGCUGAACAACGCUUAGGAAGAAUGGGAGGUUAAAAAUUCACGAGAACAUAGGAAGAUAAGAAAAUAAGGGAAGCUGCAAGAAGCCACCAGGCCUACACGUGGUAGUUCCUUUAUAAAAACAUACCUACCUAUUUCCACCUAUCAUCCCCAUCCAUACAUUAAUUUGCAUAAUCUUUUAAGAGCUCCCCAUUGACUCAGCACUAACAAACUUGAUUACUGAGUCUGUAUCACUCCUUUACCACUCGACUUGAUAACCAAUUAUUCCUUUUAAAUCUGAGCUUAGUCGUAGAGGCAAAAAACUCAUGACGAUCUUUUCAUAUAGUGAAGAUGAGGUAGUAAUUGUUGUCAUAUUAUCAUCACGGCUCGACAGGUGAAACGAGGCACUGUAUAAAGAAAGAGAAAAGACCACACAAGCUCCUCCAUGCCGUGCCCUCCCCCUCGCCUCCCCUCUCCUCCCAUGCGUCGCCGCGAGGGUGACACUCUGACAUGUGACAAUAUACACGUUUCCUCACCUGUCACUUGUCACCUGUCAUUCUAUCCGGGUGGACUUUUUUCAGACGAGUUUCCGCACCUUCCUCCCUCUCCGUGCGGUGGAGGGAGGGAGGGAGGGAGGCAAAGGCUGUGAGGGAGAGUGAGACAAAAAUCCUGACAGUGCAUGGACAGUGACACGAACUAAUCCUCACAGCAAGAAAAGCAAAGCCUUUUAAAGAUGGUUAAGAGAGAGAGAGAGAGAGAGAGAGAGAGAGAGAGAGAGAGAGAGAGAGAGAGAGAGAGAGAGAGAGAGAGAGAGAGAGAGAGAGAGAACCUGGUUGUCUACAAUAGAUAUAAAAUAAGAGACUUAAUAUUUUCUCUGUCACUAUUCUGUAACUCAGCAGUGCCUCUCACCUCUAAUGGAUAUUCUCGACCUGUCUUUCCUUUACUUAUAUUCUUAUCUUGUAACUUUAUGUCCUCUAGCACUGAAGAUACACAACACACUCUUCUACAACACUUCCGAGUUGUCUUUAUGUGAAAAAAAAGGAAGAAAAAGAAAAGAAACAAAACAAAACUAACAGUAAGUUUCACAUCUAAAAACAAAUCUUUCUACGUAAUCUGGUCUUUUUGAAAUCAGAUUUCUCUACAAGCUUUCUGCAAGUACAAACUUGUGGAGGCCAAUACUCUCUUCUCUAACAUUCCAGAGCUGUCUGUACUCCAAAAACAAUCCCAACACUAAACUACGUUUUUAAACUUUUCCUAAAUCACCUAGUCUUUUUGAGGUAAAGUUCCUGUAAACGUAAGAUUCUGGGAAACAACACAUUUUUCCAUAACUGAGAAACAACACACUUUUCUAUAACAAUCAACAACCAUCCUUAUCUCUUAAGCUGCUUGUCCUUCUAGAGGAAUCCUAACACUUAAUUUCACACGUUAAAACUUAUCCUAAACUAAUCUUUCUGAACACAAGUCGCUCCAAACACAAUAUCUAGAAAACAACACAUUCUAUAACACUCAACAGCUUCCCAUCUCCAUUAAAUACUCCUAACUUACGUGUCCUUCAAAAAAAGUCUUACUUUUAAAUUCUAAACCUUAAAAACACUUCCUUCCCUUUGACAUCUGAUUCCUUCCUCUCUUCCCCUCUGCACACAUUCAACCUGGCUCACUCGCCCGUACGCGGUGUGUCCCUCGCGAGUGUUUCAAGCCACACUCUGAAUGGCACAGUCAAAGGCUACGCGUAUUCGUGCCAUCAGCUCCCCUCAGCUUUCCUUCUUCCACUGGCUUCUCAAUUUAUCGCAGCCUCCCUUGGUGUUACUUCUUGCUGGUCUCUGCCGCGACUCUCAAGGUUACUGUCUCUCUUGGAUAUUGCUUUUAUUCCCUCCAUCCUUAUCUUUACCCUCUUUUUAUUCUUAACCUACUUUUUCUUAUCUUAAUCUCUUUCGUUACCUGCACCCUUAUCCUUAUUCUUGUUUUUAUUGUUAUUUUUCCUAUCCUUUAGUUAUCCUUGCUUUCAUACUUAACAAAGAUUUUCUCACCUUAAUCUCUAUUCACUCCAUCUCUUUCCUCAUUACGUUUGUUUAUCCUUACUACGUCAUCUACUUACCCUUUCCCUUAUCCUUGCUGUCUUGCUUAACAAACGCUUCAUUCUAAUCUCCAUUCAAUUUUGGUCUUUCUUUAUUACAUCUUCUUAUCUACUUAUCCUCAUCCUUAUUACCUCAUCUACUUAUUCUCAUCCUUGCACCUUUACUGCCUUUGUCUUUACUACUUCAUCUGCUUUCCCUUAUCCUACUAUCGCUACUACUAUCAUUCUUACUAUUUCAUGUACCUCCCCUCAUCCUUACCGCUAAUCACUUCAGCCUUACUAUUUCAUCUACUUACCCCCAUCCUUAUCCCUGGUGCCUUACUGCGGAAACACUACGUAAUCCUCAUCUCUUGGAACUCUGCCCCCCAUCCUUCAUUCCACCUCUUUCACUGGCAAACUUAAUUAAACCUUUGACUGCUGUCUGGCUCACAUCUUUCCUUCAUAGCUAAUCACUCUGAGACACCUUUACUUGUUCUAAAGACACCUCUGGUCUUUAAACUGAUAAAAAAAAAAAAAAGAAUGCAAAAUCUAUUCUCUUUCAUCUCCUUCCAUGUAGAUGCUCACAAAUAAUUUUCAUUCAUUACUUCUUGUGGUGUGAAUUGUCUCGUAUCGAAGUGAAAGGGUUAACCUCAGAAUACCUUAAGAUUUAUCAUGGCCUUAAUGAACUAACUGACUCACACUCAUCCUCAUACUCAUACAAACACUACCUCAUCCUGCUCUCUCAUCUGUCCAUCUCACUCUUCACUCCUUCAUUUCUUUCAGAGUCCAUAACACUCAGCCUCUUUCCUCUCCGCUUCUUCCUCUUUCACCUUCCUCUUCAAACAGGAGGCUCCUUCAAGAGACGAGCGAGUAAAGGCAUCAAGGAAACUACACGGAACUUCCCUUUCUAUGACUUUUUUUGUGCUCUUUCUUUACUGUUUUUUUUUUUUUCCUGCUCCCAAAUGCAUAUAAUAUACAUGUCUUUUUUUUGGAUUUUCUUUGCACUCUCUUUCUUUAUGAGUACUUUUCCUUUUUUUCUGUUUCGCUAGUCUCCUCUCUUCCUGUUGUACAAAAUGAAAAUAAAGAAAAUAUAUGAAAUUACAACAGCGUACGCACCUGUCAGAAAGAUCAAAGGGCUUUACUUUUCGUUCACUGCUUUCGUUGACUCUCACUGAAUUAUCUUUUUUAUUUUUUAUUUUAUUUUUUUUUUAUUUUUUCGUCCUGACUGUAUUCCGUAGCCUUUCGUCUAUCUGCUAUAUUUCUUUUAUAUAUAUACAAAAAUAUA